AUGUCGAGCAAUAGCAGCUUGAUUCCUUGCUUGCAGCAGCAGCAGCACCACCACACCAGCCUCCGAUGUCCUGCCAAUGAAAGCGCGUCCCUGGCUAAGCGGGAACGGAAGUACGCAAGCAUGAACGAUCUCAAGUGCGACGUGUGCGGCAAGGCUUUCAGCCGCAAAGCCAGCCUCCAACGUCACGUCGCGACACACGCUGGCAAAAAGCCCCAUGACUGCCACUGCUGCCCGGCGACUUUCUCGUGUAAAUGCAACCGCGACAGGCACUUUCUCACCCACUCGGGCGUAAAGGAACACGGCUGUCACUCGUGUGGCAGAACGUUCGCCCUCAAGCAGAAUCUCGGGACCCACCUCCGCCAGCACACUGGCGAAAAACCCUUUAGGUGCCACCUCUGUCCGGCGAAGUUCGCGGCUCCUUUCACUCUGAAUCAAGACGUGUUAAACCACAGCGGACAGAAGCCGCACGAGUGCGCGCAUUGCGGCAGAAGGUACACGCGACGACACGCCCUCGUGCGCCACAACCGCGUUCACACCGGUGAGAGGCCAUUCAUUUGUGACAGGUGUCCGGCCGCGUUCUCACGGAAGUGCACGCUGAACAAUCACCUCCUUACGCACACCAAGGAGAAGUCGUGGCAGUGCAGCCGGUGCUGCAAAACAUUUGCGAGGAAGCACGCCCUGAAGCACCACUUGCGGUUGCAUACUGGUGAACGGCCGUUUAAGUGCGACGGCUGUCCAGCCACCUUCGCCGAUCGCUCUAACCUGCUUGUUCACAAGCGGACGCACACCGGCGCAAAGCCCUACGAAUGUGGCAUGUGCGGCCGCAGGUUCACGAGGUGUAGUCACCUCAAAACUCACGCUCACGGAUACCAUGGCUUUGCGAUUGCUGGUGUGGACGAACCAGGCAACCAGGAGCCUACCAUCGCGGCGCAACAACCUGCAAGGACGCUGUCGUAA